AUGGCUCCACGUCGCAGUGCGUCGCGCUCGCCCGUCCGUCGACGCCACGGCAGCUCGUCGGCCACGUCCACAGGCCGCGCUCGACCACUUCCAUCGUCUGCAUUGCGUCGCUCGCAUCGUCGCAGUCGCAGUCGUGACGCGCCCGUUGCGUCUCCGCCAGACGAGAAGCAGAAUGGCGAGUCGUCGCUCAGUAUCGAAGAAACGAAUAAGCUGCGCGCGUCGCUGGGGCUCAAGCCGCUGACGGUGCGUUCUGUCGCACAGAAAGAGCAGCAGGAUACGCGCGUACACGAAGCGACAGCGAAGCAGCAGCAGGAGGAGCUGCAGCGUACGCUGGAGCAGUCGAAGACCAGACGAGAACUGGUACAAAAGGUCGCUGGAAAAUCACUGGGCGAGCAGUUGCGAGAGGAUUCGGGCGUAUCGAAAGAGCGCAGUGGCACAAGUGUGGAACAGGUGCUCGAGUGGGUGAAGCAAUCGCGGAAAACAACGGCAGAAGAAAAGCGAGAGGAGCAGAAAGAGAAGACGACCUAUGCUGCGAGUUCGCUGGCAGGUAUGACAGUGGGUCAUUCGCUGGACACGUUCGAGGACGGCAAGGACGUUGUGCUGACGCUCAAGGACUCGAACGUGCUGGGACGCGAUGGCAAGGACCUGAACCUUGAAGACGAAGACGAGCUUGUGAACAUUGAGUUGAGCGAGCGUGACCGACGUGUGGCGCGGCAGGCAAGAGCGAGACGCGCCGCACUUCCAGUGUAUGCCGGGUACGAUGACGACGAGUUUAUUGUUGCAAUGGGGAAGGAUCGGAAGAUGAAAACGAGUGGGAAGAAACUGCUGGCGCAGUAUGAUGAAGAGCAGGAUGCUGUGGAUGCAGAAGCAGCGAACAGGUUUCGCUUAGAUGCAUCGGGAGGGUCCCAAGCGUUGCUUGCGCGUAAGCGCGAGGAAAAAGGGGACGAUGAAGGCGAUGUGGCAGUGAUAUCGUUGGCAAUAGACAGAACGAAACGGGCAGAAGAUUAUUACACAAAGGAAGAAGUGGAGGUAAAGUUUUCGCAUCACAAGAGAGAGAAAAAGCUGCGCAAAAAGAAGAAGCGAUCUCGUCGUCAGUGCGAUGGCGAUCUUGGUGAGAACGAUGCUGAGGAGGUGCAGCUGAACACGCGCUCGGGAGACAAUGUCGGCAACGAGUCUGCGUCGCUGAUUGCUCAGUUGGAGCAAGAAGCCUUGCAGGCCGGUGCAUCAGUAUCUAGGGACCGCGGGAAGCGUAAGCGCAACCAUCAUGAUGGGAAUGACACGGAUGAAGAGGCGAAUCUGUAUCGUUUCCAGGAAGCUCGAGAAAAGGCAAAUGCUGUGGCGUCCGAGGCGCUUGCUGUCAAUACUGCCAAAAAACGCGUAAAGAGGCGACCGGUUGACGACAGCGAGGUUAUGGACGACACUGCUAUGGUAGAAAUGGAGCUUGAUGCUUCACUGGCCCGUGCUCGACAGUUGACGAAGCAGCGGACUCAAAGUCAGGCGUCCGUAGCCCCAAUAACUAGCGAGGCCCGAAUUGAGCAGCUCGUGCGUCAAAGCAUGCAUAACAAUAGUUACACUGAAGAGGCCACAGACGGCGCUGGCGAUGUCACAACGAGUGAUUCAGCCCGGUCUGGUAGCAAGCCUGGCGGUCAUGUAUUCGGCACAACUGGUACUGCAUCGAACACAGUAGUGUUCAACAAGGCUACAGACUUCGAGACGCGGCUGCGCGAUGCCAUGGAAAAACGCGCGGCGCAAUUUCAGGCUGCACCUGUAAAGACAGCAGCAGCACCUGUGACUGAGAAACAUAGCAACGAAGCCCAGAAGCAAGACGAAGAGAUGAAGGCUGACGAAGGGAAGGAAGCGGAGGAGCAUAGCGAGGACGAAGAGACGAAGGAGAAUGAGGUGUGGGGGGAAGAGCAGCCACUGGUUGGCACAGGGAUGGGUGCAACUCUGGCACUGCUGCGCAAGACUGGCGAUCUCCACCAGACCCGUGUAGAACGACAGGCUGGUCGUGCCAACGAUACACGCGACCGCAGCUUCGAGGACGAUUUGCGUAUCAAGAAUGGCGUGAAGCUAGAUUACCGCGACGAGUUCGGUCGCCUCCUCACCAAGAAGGAGGCGUUUCGCAAGCUGUCGUACAAGUUUCACGGUCAAGAGCCGGGAAAGAAGAAAAAGGAGAAGCGACUUAAGCAGCUGAAGGAGGAGCUCAAGGCACAGAAACAGCUGUCCGGAGAAGGCAGCACAAAGAUGAUGAAGGUUCUCGAAAAGAAGCAGAAACACACGAAGGAAGCUCAUGUUGUGCUCUCAAGUGGGGUAUAG